AUGGAGACUCAUACUCUAAUCCUGACAGACGGGUGGCAUUGGAAAGAACGGGAUCCCACAGUACAAUCGGUCCUCGAUGAGCCGCAGAAUGGCAGGCUGCCUUGGACUAUAGCUCGGUCGUUUCCUUCCGAAAUACACGUGGAAUUGAUGCAAAAUGGUCGCAUUCCUGACCCAUUCCUUGGCUUCAACGAGCACAAGAGAGAAUGGCUCUACUUCUGCAAGUUUCCGUUCUCCCGAGGUAACGCGGCGCACGCCGAGCUGCUUCUCGAGGGCCUCGAUACUGUCUGCGAUGUAUAUCUGAAUGACACUAAGGUCCUGACGGCGGACAAUAUGUUCCGGUCGUAUUCAGUACGUCUGAGCGUUGUUGCGAUCCAGCUGUCUGAUCUCCGUGUGGAGAACGUAUUACUUCUUCACUUCAAGUCUGCGGAGCUCGCCGCGAAAGACCUUGAGAAGCGCUACGGACGCGUCAGGGCGGGGUCAGCCAAUCUUGGUGAUCCUAGUCGUGUGUACCUUCGGAAAGCACAGUAUGGAUGGCGAUGGGAUUGGGGCCCUGAGCUAAUGACAUGCGGGCCCUACCGCCCUAUAAGCCUAAUCACCUACACAGCGCGCUUAUCCGAUGUCCAUCCGCGCGUUAGCGUCUCGUCCGGUCCAGCGCUGUUGCCUUCGCUCAAGCUCAAUUUAACUAUAGCAGGCCGAGUCUCAGCUGCUCAGGCUGCCCAUGUCGUAUUGAAGGACACGGACGGCGGAUUUGUUGUCCGCGAGGCGCAUAUACCUCUAAGCAUCACCGAACCGCGGGAUGGGGAUGUGGUAGAGGUCACGGACAUUGUGUCAUGGGAUCUAGACACCGUGGUCGAACUAUGGUGGCCGGUAGGCUAUGGCAAGCAGAAGUUAUACAUACUGGAAGUAGUUUUGCUCGGACAGAACAAUAUGCAACUUGAUCAGCAAUCGAAGCGUAUUGGCUUCCGUCGCGUCGAGCUCAUCCAAGAGCCCCUGGGAGAAGCUGACCAGCACGGUAAGGGAACAACGUUCCUCUUCGAGGUGAAUGGUGUACGAAUGUUCAUGGGCGGUUCGAAUUGGAUCCCGGCGCACAAUUUCUUGACGCAGAUCACUCCUGAGCGAUACCGUGCAUGGCUGACUUUACUACGAGACGGCAAUCAGAACAUGGUCCGCCUAUGGGGUGGAGGAGUAUACGAGCCGGAUGUGUUCUACGAUACCUGCGAUGAACUGGGGAUUUUGGUAUGGCAGGACUUUCAGUUCGCAUGUGGAGUAUAUCCCGCGCACGACGAGUUCAUUGCGAGCGUAAAAGCAGAGGCUGAAGAUAACGUCAGGCGAUUGAGACAUCACCCCGCGAUGGCUCUGUGGUGCGGAAACAACGAAGACUACCAGCAGGUCCUCCAAUGGGGAGGAAUCACCGACCUCCCUGCACGGCUGAUUUACGAAUCUGUUCUCCCAUCUGUCGUUGCUGCGUUGACCGAUCCGCCGCUCCCAUAUCACCGCGGUUCACCUUAUGGGGGCCAAGACUGGAACACUGCAGAUCCAACCGUGGGCGAUAUCCAUCAGUGGGACGUGUGGGCCGGGCGCGAGCGGCCGUGGCAGGAGUAUGGACGUAUGGGCGGGCGCUUCGUGAGCGAGUUUGGAAUCCCAUCGAUGCCAGACAUACGCACAGUGGAUUACUGGCUCGCGGGAAACACGAAGGAGCGUUGGGCUCAGUCGAAGAUGAUAGCGCAACAUAAUCGUGCAGGAAACCAUGAACGGCGGUUCGCGAUUUUAAUGAACGAGAACUUUAGGCUUACGAGUGACCUCGAGACACACGUGUAUAAUACACAGCUGAUGCAGUCUGAAGCCGUCAGUCUCGCGUAUAGGAUAUGGAGAAGAGAGUGGCGAGGCAGAGGGAAGGAAUUUACGGCAGGAGCCCUUGUAUGGCAGCUGAAUGAUUGUUGGCCUGUAACGUCUUGGGCAAUAGCGGAUUUCUUUUUGCGAGCAAAGCCGGUUUAUUAUUCGAUCGCGCGUGAACUUGCUCCAGUGUCUGUGGGGAUCUUCAGACGUGUGGUCAAGAAUAGGGAGAACGACAGGCCCGUACAAUUCUAUGAGUUUGGAGCUUUCAGAUCAGUCGACGCUACGAUAGAGGUGUGGGGCACCAAUAGGUCUCUGGGGCCGAAGAAUGCCACUUUAGUCUUGAAGUGUGUCGAUCUGCUUUCCGACUGGACUCGCGAGGACGUUCGGCAGGUUGUUCUCCUCCCUAACCAAUCGACGGAGCUCCUUUCGAUUCCAUGCCCAUGCCCGCCUCCAUCUCAGUCGUCUGAUGCCCCUUCCGUGACGUCGUCGUUCUCGGUCGUCGUGGCUGCUCAACUCAUCGAUCCACAACUGUCAGCGGACAAGGUCAUUGCGCGAUAUGCAGACUGGCCGCAGCCCUACCGCCAUGUUGACGUGCCCGACCCGGGAUUGCGCAUCAAGAUAGAUGGCGAGUUGAUUGCAAUUGAUGUCGAGAAGCCUGUCAAGGGCUUGUUCUUUAGCACGGACGACGAGACUGGGGAGAACAACGUGCGUUGGAGUGACAAUGCGUUGGAUGUGAUGCCCGGGGACAAGCAGUGUAUACAAGCGAAGGGAUUAGGCGGAAAGCGAGUCAAGGUUGCAUACCUAGGAAACGAGCGCGGAUAUCACCUGUAG